AAAGAUCCAGAAGAAGACGAGAAAAUGAUUGUUGCAUUUUGUGACGAAGAAUCGCGUGAAGGAAGGGCCAUGUUCAAUCUACUUCAGAAACUUGCUGAUGAGAAUAGCGAACAUGCAGGAACACUGGAAAUCGCUUUAAUUGACCCAGAUGAAUUUCCACUGAUGGUGGAUAUCUGGGAAGACAUGUUUGGCAUCGAUAUUGAGGGUGGACCACAAAUUGGCCUUGUUGAUAUUUCCGAUGUAAGUGGUGGUAUUGUUUCCAUUUUUCUCGUAAGCAUAUCAAGAAUCUGUUACUGA